UUCCGGUUUGGACAGACGUGCGGGAUUUUUCAACCCACAGAAAAUAAACAAACCAUGCAGAUCAUCACAUAAACUUUCAAUUGGUUAACACAUUAGAAAUGGCACCCACCCAAUCCCGCCGAUCUUACACGGCUGGUUUUAAACUAGAGGUAAUAGCCUUUGCUGAACAAAAUGGGGGUAACAUGGCAGCGGAGAGAAAAUUUGGCGUGACCGAGAAAGUUAUCAGAGGCUGGAGAAAACAGAAAGAUGCAUUACAGCGGACGAAAAAGUCACGGAAAUCGUUUCGAGGGCGUGCAGCUAAAAAGACAUUAAUACCGGAGGGAAACUUGGAAAAAUUUGUUGUGGUAAAGAGGAAAGCAGCCAGAAGAGGCGUUGACAUUGUGUAUGAUUUUCAAUCCACUGAGGCUCCAAAAAAGGAGAUUGAGUGGAAUGUUCAAUCAGAAGUACUAGAGAGGGAACAUAACUGUGGUUUUCAACAUGCUGAAACUCAAGAAAUGGAGCCCAUGAGGGUUUUACAAUCUCUUAACUCAUUGGAAAGGCGUCCGGACUAUGAUUUUCAAUCCACUGAGGUAAAGGAGAGAGAGCCUAUCAGGGAUUUACAAACUGCUGUCUCACUGAAAAAGGAACCUAAAUGGGACAACCAAUCCACUGAGGUACAAGAAACAGAAAAUAAUUCACAUGCAGUUUUUCAAUCUGUGGAAAGACAUAAUACACUUAACAAUCAAGUUGGAAAUAUAGGUACAGAAAUGUCAACCAAAAAGUCCCGGAAAUCUUACACUGCUGGAUUUAAGUUAGCAGUAAUAGCUUUUGCAGAGAAAAAUGGAGGAAAUAUGGCAGCAGAGAGAAAGUUUGGCGUAGGAGAAAAAGUUAUCAGAGGCUGGCGAAAACAGAAAAAGGCCCUUCAGCAAACCAGAAAGUCAAAGAAAGCUUUUCGCGGACUUGCAGCACAAUGGCCAGACCUAGAGGACAAGCUAGAGGAAUAUGUCAAGGAGCAGAGAGCUGCCAGUAGGGAUUUGAGUACUCUCAAAAUAAGACUGAAAGCAAAAGAGAUGGCAAAAGAGAUGCAAAUCAACAAUUUUGAGGGAUGUAAAUCUUGGUGUUUCCGCUUCCUGAGGCGAAAGAAUAUUGUUCUCCGACAACGCAAGAACCAUGCAAAGGAGAAAGAUGUCUUUUCACAGCAGACAAAUAGCUCAAGCGAAUCAUUUCAGGAAAGUGAAGCAAAAAGCCAAGAACUGGAUGGAAACCUUGAGAAUUUUGUAGUGGUAAAAACAGAAGCAGCCAGUAGUUACAUAGACACUGUGCAGGAAUUUCAAUCAGCUGAAGCACCAAAAUUGGAGCCUGACUGGGAAGUUCGGUUAGCAGAGGAACCAGAAAUGGAGCCAAAUUUUGAUAUUCAAUCCACUGAAGCACAGAAAAUGGGACCUGUUUUGGAUUUACAUUUAAAUGACUCAUUGGAAAGGGAUCCUAUGAACUGUGAUUUACAAUCAGUGGAGGCACUGAAAAGGGAGCCAGAUUCAGACCGGGAUGUUCAAUUAAUGAAGGCAUCAAAAAUGGAGCCAAAUUAUGUUGUCGAAUCAACUGAGAGACAGAAAUUGGAACCUGUUUUGGAUUUACAAUCAAAUGACUUAUUGGAAAGGGAUAACAACUGUGAAUUUCAAAAUGCUGAGACAGCAGGAAGGGUGCGUGUUUGGGAUUUACAAUCAUUUGACUCGUCAGAAAGUGAGAUUAACUGUGGUUUUCAAUCCUUUGUCACUGAGGCACCACAAUGUGAGUCUACCAGGGAUACUCAAACUGCUGUUGAGCCCAAAAUAGAGCCAAACAGGGAUUUUUGUUUCACCAAAAAACAGAAAAGAACUCCUAACAGUCAAGUUGGAAAUAAAGACCAAAUAACUUCAACUACGAAGACACGCAAAUCUUACACUGCUGGAUUUAAGUUAGAAGUAAUAGCUUUUGCGGAAAAAAAUGGAGGAAAUAGGGCAGCUGAAAGAAAGUUUGGUGUGGGUGAGAAAGCCAUCAGAGACUGGCGAAAACAGAAAAAGGCCCUUCAGCAAACCAGAAAGUCAAAGAAAGCUUUUCGCGGACUUGCAGCACAGUGGCCAGACCUAGAGGACAAGCUAGAGGAAUAUGUCAAGGAGCAGAGAGCUGCCAGUAGGGAUUUGAGUGCUAUCAAAAUAAGACUAAAAGCAAAAGAGAUGGCAAAAGAGAUGCAGAUCCACAAUUUUGAGGGAAAUGCAUCUUGGUGUUUCCGCUUCCUGAGGCGAAAGAAUAUUGUUCUCCGACAAUGCAAGAACCAUGCAAAGGAGAAAGAUGUCUUUUCACAGCAGACAAAUAGCUUAUGUGAAUCAUUUCAAGGAAGUGAAGCAAAAAGCCAAGAACUGGAUGGAAACCUUGAGAAUUUUGUGGUGGUAAAAACAGAAGCAACCAGAAGUUACAUAGACACUGUGCAGGAAUUUCAAUCAGCUGAAGCACCAAAAUUGGAGCCUGACUGGGAAGUUCGGUUAGCAGAGGAACCAGAAAUGGAGCCAAAUUGUGAUAUUCAAUCCACUGAAGCACAGAAAAUAGGACCUGUUUUGGAUUUACAAUUAAAUGACUCAUUGGAAAGGGAUUCUAUGAACUGUGAUUUACAAUCAGCGAAUGCACUGAAUAGGGAGCCAGAUUCAGACCGGGAUGUUCAAUUAAUGAAGGCAUCAAAAAUGGAGCCAAAUUAUGUUGUCGAAUCAACUGAGAGACAGAAAUUGGAACCUGUUUUGGAUUUACAAUCAAAUGACUUAUUGGAAAGGGAUAACAACUGUGAAUUUCAAAAUGCUGAGGCACCAGGAAAGGUGCGUGUUUGGGAUUUACAAUCAUUUGACUCGUCAGAAAGUGAGAUUAACUGUGGUUUUCAAUCCUUUGUCACUGAGGCACCACAAUGUGAGUCUACCAGGGAUACUCAAACUGCUGUUGAGCCCAAAAUAGAGCCAAACAGGGAUUUUUGUUUCACCAAAAAACAGAAAAGAACUCCUAACAGUCAAGUUGGAAAUAAAGACCAAAUAACUUCAACUACGAAGACACGCAAAUCUUACACUGCUGGAUUUAAGUUAGAAGUAAUAGCUUUUGCGGAAAAAAAUGGAGGAAAUAGGGCAGCUGAAAGAAAGUUUGGUGUGGGUGAGAAAGCCAUCAGAGACUGGCGAAAACAGAAAACGGCCCUUCAGCGAACCAGAAAGUCAAAGAAAGCUUUUCGCGGACUUGCAGCACAGUGGCCAGACCUAGAGGACAAGCUAGAGGAAUAUGUCAAGGAGCAGAGAGCUGCCAGUAGGGAUUUGAGUGCUAUCAAAAUAAGACUAAAAGCAAAAGAGAUGGCAAAAGAGAUGCAGAUCCACAAUUUUGAGGGAAAUGCAUCUUGGUGUUUCCGCUUCCUGAGGCGAAAGAAUAUUGUUCUCCGACAAUGCAAGAACCAUGCAAAGGAGAAAGAUGUCUUUUCACAGCAGACAAAUAGCUUAUGUGAAUCAUUUCAAGGAAGUGAAGCAAAAAGCCAAGAACUGGAUGGAAACCUUGAGAAUUUUGUGGUGGUAAAAACAGAAAUAACCAGUAGUUACAUAGACACUGUGCAGGAAUUUCAAUCAGCUGAAGCACCAAAAAUGGAGCCUGACUGGGAAGUUCGGUUAGCAGAGGAACCAGAAAUGGAGCCAAAUUGUGAUAUUCAAUCCACUGAAGCACAGAAAAUGGGACCUGUUUUGGAUUUACAAUUACCGGUAAAUGACUCAUUGGAAAGGGAUCCUAUGAACUGUGAUUUACAAUCAGUGGAGGCACUGGAAAGGGAGCCAGAUUCAGACCGGGAUGUUCAAUUAAUGAAGGCAUCAAAAAUGGAAAAAUUUCAAUCAGUUGAAGAACCAAAAAUGGAGCCUGACUGGGAAGUUCGGUUAGCAGAGGAACCAGAAAUGGAGCCAAAUUGUGAUAUUCAAUCCACUGAAGCACAGAAAAUGGGACCUGUUUUGGAUUUACAAUUAAAUGACUCAUUUGAAAGGGAUCCUAUGAACUGUGAUUUACAAUCAGCGGAGGCACUGAAAAGGGAGCCAGAUUCAGACCGGGAUGUUCAAUUAAUGAAGGCAUCAAAAAUGGAGCCAAAUUAUGUUGUCGAAUCAACUGAGAGACAGAAAUUGGAACCUGUUUUGGAUUUACAAUCAAAUGACUUAUUGGAAAGGGAUAACAACUGUGAAUUUCAAAAUGCUGAGACAGCAGGAAGGGUGCGUGUAUGGGAUUUACAAUCAUUUGACUCGUCAGAAAGUGAGAUUAACUGUGGUUUUCAAUCCUUUGUCACUGAGGCACCACAAUGUGAGUCUACCCGGGUUACUCUAACUGCUGUUGAACCAGAAAUAGAGCCAAACAGGGAUUUUCAUUCCACCGAAAAACAGAAAAGAACUCCUAACAGUCAAGUUGAAAAUAUAGACCAAUUAACUUCAACUACAAAGACACGCAAAUCUUACACUGCUGGAUUUAAGUUGGGAGUAAUAGCUUUUGCGGAGGAGAAUGGAGGAAACAUGGCAGCAGAGAGAAAGUUUGGUGUCUGUGAAAAAAAUAUCAGGGACUGGCGAAAACAGAAAACGGCCCUUCAGCAAACCAAAAAGUCAAAGAAAUCCUUCCGCGGACAUGCAGCACAAUGGCCAGACCUAGAGGACAAGCUAGAGGAAUAUGUCAAAGAGCAGAGAGCUGCCAGUAGGGAUUUGAGUGCUAUCAAAAUAAGACUGAAAGCAAGAGAGAUGGCAAAAGAGAUGCAGAUGAACAAUUUUGAGGGAUGUAAAUCUUGGUUUUCACGCUUCAUGAGGCGAAAGAAUAUUGUUCUCAGACAAUGCAGAAACCAUUCAAAGAAUUUAUCAGUACAAUCAAUUGAAUUGGCAGAAAGUGAGCCCAUCUGUGAUUUUCUAUCAGCUGUCCCCGAGGCACCACAAAGGGAGACUACCAGGGAUUUGCAAGUUGCUGUUUUACCAGGAAAGGAGUUACAUAGAGAUUUCCAAUCAACUGAAGAACAGAAAAGAAAUCAUAACAUUCAAGUUGGAAAUAAGGACACCAAAACAUUAUUUAUAAAGCCACGCAAAUCUUACACUGCUGGAUUUAAGUUAGAAGUAAUAGCUUUUGCAGAAAAAAAUGGAGGAAACAUGGCAGCAGAAAAAAAGUUUGGUGUCUGUGAAAAAAAUAUCAGGGACUGGCGAAAACAGAAAUUGGCCCUUCAGCAAACCAAAAAGUCAAAGAAAUCCUUCCGCGGACAUGCAGUAAAAUGGCCAGACCUAGAGAACAAGCUAGAGGAAUACAUAAUGGAGCAGAGAGCUGCCAGUAGGGAUUUGAGUACUCUCAAAAUAAGACUGAAAGCAAGAGAGAUGGCAAAAGAGAUGCAGAUCCGCAAUUUUGAGGGAAAUGCAUCUUGGUGUUUACGCUUCCUGAGGCGAAAGAAUAUUGUUCUCAGACAAUGCAAGAACCAUGCAAAGGAGAAAGAUGUCAUUUCACAGCAGACAAAUAGCUCAUGUGAAUCAUUUCAAGGAAGUGAAGCAAAAAGCCAAGAACUGGAUGGAAAUCUUGAGAAAUUUGUAGUGGUGAAAACAGAAGCAACCAAUAGUUACAUAGACACUGUGCAGGAAUUUCAAUCAGCUGAAGAACCAAAAAUGGAGCCUGACUUGGAAGUUAGGUUAGCAGAGGAACCAGAAAUGGAGCCAAAUUGUGAUAUUCAAUCAACUGAGGCACAGAAAAUGGGACCUGUUUUGGAUUUACAAUUAAAUGACUCAUUGGAAAGGGGUCCUAUCAACUGUGAUUUACAAUCAGGGGAGGCACUGGAAAGGGAGCCUGAUUCAGACCGGGAUGUUCAAUUAAUGAAGGCAUCAAAAAUGGAGCCAAAUUAUGUUGUCGAAUCAACUGAGAGACAGAAAUUGGAACCUGUUUUGGAUUUACAAUCAAAUGACUCAUUGGAAAGGGAUAACAACUGUGAAUUUCAAAAUGCCGAGACACCAGGAAGGGUGCGUGUUUGGGAUUUACAAUCAUUUGACACAGCAGACAGUGAGAUUAACUGUGGUUUUCAAUCCUUUGUUACUGAGGCACCACAAUGUGAGUCUACCCGGGUUACUCUAACUGCUGUUGAACCAGAAAUAGAGCCAAACAGGGAUUUUCAUUCCACCGAAAAACAGAAAAGAACUCCUAACAGUCAAGUUGAAAAUAUAGACCAAUUAACUUCAAAUACAAAGACACGCAGAUCUUACACUGCUGGAUUUAAGUUGGAAGUAAUAGCUUUUGCAGAGGAGAAUGGAGGGAACAUGGCAGCAGAGAGAAAGUUUGGCGUAGGAGAAAAAGUUAUCAGAGGCUGGCGAAAACAGAAAUUGGCCCUUCAGCAAACCAAAAAGUCAAAGAGAUCCUUCCGCGGACAUGCAGCACAGUGGCCAGACCUAGAGGACAAGCUAGAGGAAUAUGUCAAAGAGCAGAGAGCUGCCAGUAGGGAUUUUAGUGCUAUCAAAAUAAGACUGAAAGCAAGAGAAAUGGCAAAAGAGAUGCAGAUCCACAAUUUUGAGGGAAAUGUAUCUUGGUGUUUCCGCUUCAUGAAGCGAAAGAAUAUUGUUCUCCGACAACGCAAGAACCAUUCAAAAGAUUUAUCAGGACAAUCAAUUGAAUUGGCAGAAAGUGAGCCCAUCUGUGAUUUUCUAUCAGCUGUCCCUGAGGAACCGCAAAGGGAGACUACCAGGGAUUUACAAGUUGCUGUUUUACCAGGAAAGGAGUUAAAUAUGGAUUUCCAAUCAACUGAAGAACAGAAAAGAACUUGUAACAAUCAAGUUGGAAAUAAGGACAUUAAAACUGAGACUUUAAAACCACGCAAAUCUUACACUGCUGGAUUUAAGUUGGAAGUAAUCGCUUUUGCAGAGGAGAAUGGAGGAAACAUGGCAGCAGAAAAAAAGUUUGGUGUGAGUAAAAAAAAUAUCAGGGGCUGGCGAAAACAGAAAUUGGCCCUGCAACAAGCAAAAAAGUCAAAGAAAUCCUUCAACGGACAUGCAGUACAAUGGCCAGACCUAGAGGACAAGCUAGAGAAAUACAUAAUGGAGCAGAGAGCUGCUAAAAGACACUUAAAUGGUGUCAAAAUAAGACUGAAAGCAAGAGAAAUGGCAAGGGAGAUGGGGAUCCACGAUUUUGAGGGAACUGCUUCUUGGUGUUUUCGCUUCAUGAAACGAAAGAAUAUUGUUCUCCGACAACUCAAAAACCAUUCAAAGGAUUUAUCAGGACAAUCAAUUGAAUUGGCAGAAAAUGAGCCCAUCUGUGAUUUUCUAUCAGAUGUCUCUGAGGAACCGCAAAGGGAGAAUACCAGGGAUUUGCAAGUUGCUGUUUUACCAGGAAAGGAGUUAAAUAGGGAUUUCCAAUCAACUGAAGAACAGAUAAGAACUCGUAACAAUCAAGUUGGAAAUAAGGACAUUAAAACUGAGACUUUAAAACCACGCAAAUCUUACACUGCUGGAUUUAAGUUGGAAGUAAUCGCUUUUGCAGAGGAGAAUGGAGGGAACAUGGCAGCAGAAAAAAAGUUUGGUGUGAGUGAAAAAAAUAUCCGGGGCUGGCGAAAACAGAAAUUGGCCCUGCAACAAGCAGAAAAGUCAAAGAAAUCCUUCCGCGGACAUGCAGCACAAUGGCCAGACCUAGAGGACAAGCUAGAAAAAUACAUAAUGGAGCAGAGAGCUGCUAAAAGACACUUAAAUGGUGUCAAAAUAAGACUGAAAGCAAGAGAGAUGGCAAGGGAGAUGGGGAUCCACGAUUUUGAGGGAACUGCCUCUUGGUGUUUCCGCUUCAUGAAACGAAAAAAUAUUGUUCUCAGACAUUGCAAGUUCACGUCGAAGGAUCUGGAGGUCAGUCCAUAGGAUCCCGUUUAAUGAGAGGAUGAUUGUGGACACAUAAGUUAUUAUAAAAUGUGAAGUUGUGUUUUACAUGUGAACUUGAAGUAUGGUUUUGAAAUUGGUAGUGUAAAUGCAUUUUAAAAUGAUUUUUUGACUGGGAAUAAAUAAAUAUAAUUUUUUUUA